AUGCGAAAGAUGUGCAACUUCAAUUUCACCGGAUCGACAUGCCAGUGCAGUAGUGAAGACAAAAGCGGAACUUGCAAUGUUGACAAAGAUCCUGAACGUAAAUUAGAUUUAGUUUUCAAAGAUUCGGGUCCAUGCAGCAACGAAGCAGUUUGCGGUGACCACGGCCACUGUCACCCAGAAGGUGAGACCUACUUUUGUGAGUGUGACGCCGGAUGGACGGGUUCUAACUGCAAGCAGCCUGUCGACGAUUCUCGAUGUGCAGCAGCCCAGAAGGUCAUAGGAGGAGAAGUGUGUUUAAACAACGGUGUCUGCAUAGAUGGUUCUGAUGGUAGAAGAAAGACCUUGGAGGACUUCCUCUGCACGUGCGACGCUGGCUGGAAAGGGGUUCUGUGUGACCUUCAAGAUGCGGACCCCUGUGAAAGGGCCUUUGAUACCUUACCUGAAAAUCAACUUUCCAUUUGUCUCAAUGGUGGCAUUUGCGUACAGCUCAACGGAACUGACUACGACUGUCAAUGUUUUAAUGGUUGGUCGGGGAAACAUUGUGAAAUUCACUUUACGCAGACCCAGAUGUUCCUAGUUCCCUUAGCUCUGGUGUCAUCGUUAUUGGUGAUAAUUCCAGGUAUCAUUUACCUCUGUCAGUACUUAAGGUAA